AUGUCUGGAAAAAUGCACUCGCCAACACCGCAGGACUCAAAACGCAACGGUUCAAAACAGCACGUAAUGGUGUUUCCAUAUCCAGCAAAAGGCCACUUGCUUCCUCUCCUUGACUUAACCCAUCAACUCUGUCUGCAUGGCGAAAUCAGUGUUUCGAUCAUCGUAACACCUAAAAACCUUCCUUACCUCUCUCCUCUUCUCAUCGCUCAUCCAUCCUCCAUCUCAGCCGUCACAUUUCCUUUCCCUCACAAUGCUUCACUCCCUCCUGGCGUUGAAAACGUCAAAGACACCGGUGCUUCUGGGAACCCUCUGAUUAUGGCUUCUCUUCGUCAGCUUCGAGAGCCUUAUCAAAGUAAACCAACAUUGAACCGGUAUCAACCCAACUAUCCUAAGAAGCCUAUCAUCAAGUGGUCGAGUUCUCAUACGAAUCCCCCGGUGGCUAUCAUCUCUGACUUCUUUCUUGGAUGGACCAACGACCUUGGUAUCCCUCGCUUCGCUUUCUUUAGCUCCGGAGCUUUCUUAGCUUCGGUUCUCCAUUUUUUCUCUGACAAGAUUCAUCUCUUGGAGUCAAAUGAGCCGGUCUGUUUCUCGGAUCUUCCUCGUUCUCCUGUUUUCAAGACAGAACAUCUCCCGGCUUUAGUCCCACAGUCUUCGUUAUCACAAGAUCUCGAGAUUUUUAGAGACACCACGAUGAAUUUGUCGAGCUACGGUUGUGUUUUCAAUUCUUGUGAGUGUUUGGAAGAGGAGUACAUGGAGUAUGUGAAGCUGAAAACGGGUCAUAACCGGGUUUUCGGUGUUGGCCCGCUUUCUUCAAUCGGGUUAGGUAAGGGAAACUCUUUGUCCAGUGUAGACGUGGAGGCCUUGAUGAGUUGGCUCGAUGGAUGUCCAGACGGAUCUGUGCUCUACAUCUGCGUUGGAAGUCAAAAAGUGUUGACUAAAGACCAAUGUGAUGCCCUGGCUCUUGGUCUUGAAAAGAGCAUGACCAGGUUUGUUUGGGUGGCUAAGGCAGACCCGAUACCCGAUGGGUUUGAGGAUCGGGUCGCCGGUAGAGGAAUGGUUGUGAGAGGGUGGGCUCCUCAAGUGGCUUUGUUGAAUCACGUGGCUGUUGGUGGGUUUUUGAGCCAUUGUGGAUGGAACUCGGUGAUGGAAGCGGUGGCUAGCGGAACCAUGAUCUUGGCUUGGCCCCUGGAGGCAGAUCAGUUUGUGGAUGCAAGGUUGCUGGUGGAUCAUAUGAGUAUGGCUGUUAGGGUUUGUGAAGGGGGUGAGACUGUCCCAAACCCGCAUGAGCUAGGUAGGGUUCUAGCUGAAACAAUGGGUGAGGGGGGACGCGAUGUGCGUGGUCUGGCUAAAGAGAUGGGACAGAAGAUACAAGCUGCAACUGAAGCAGGAGGAAGCUCUAAUGCAGAUCUAGAAAGACUUGUAAACGAACUGGGGUCUCUAUAA